GUUCACUAUAGGUACAUUUUUUAUAUAAAUAUCUGCUGGCCUGUAAAUAUAAUAUAACAAACAUAUUUUUUCUUAAUUUAAUAAUAUUACCUUUUGUUUAAGUCGGUAUAUUUUUUAACUCAAUAAAAGUGUUUUUGAGUUUGAAUAAUGACAGAAAUUACUAAUUCAAAGCAUGUCAACAUUGACAGAGACUCCAAUACGUACUCAGAUUUUAGUAUUCCUGCAAAUCAAUAUGCCUCUAUUCCUGUUCAAGUAACACUACCAAACAAUAAUAUUUUGUCAACUAAUUUUGCUUUGUCAGAUCCAGUUUUGGAAGUUAAACGUUUCAUUUUACCAGCCUUACAACCAAAAAUAGAAAAUAUACAACAAAUAAAAUGUGUUAUGCACGAGGAAGAUAAAGUAUUUGAAACAGAUGACUACACAGUACUAAAACAAAAAUGGAACAAUUGUCCCAUUCAAAUAUCAGUAAGUAUCGAACAUCAUGAAGACAUUGAAAAGAUACCCAAUGAGUCCAAUGCUUCAGCGCAGCCUUUAAUACAUCCAAAGUAUGGAAAUAUACUCGACACUAAUGCCAUAAUACCAAAAUAUGUAACAGGAUAUAAAAAUAAAAAUACCGGUAAGCUAUAUAGAAACACAACCGUACAAACAGUAUUUGAAAAUAUUGAAUUUGAUAGUCAGUACUUUGAGAAUAAAAUGUCAAUGGCAAUUCAAACAAUUCAAACUAAUGAUGCAACUACUGAAUCUAUGGUUGAAUUUUGUACUCAAACUGAAUCAAUGGAUGUACUUCGAUCAUUAAGUGUAAUGAAAGAAAUAAGUAUUACAAACAAAAUAAAAGACAGAAUAAAAGACCUCGAUAAAUAUGCUCGCAUAAUACAAAAAUCUGUACGAUUAUGGAUAAAAAGAAAGAAAUUUGAGCACAUGUUGGAAUACUAUUAUUACAAAAAGCAAUUAAUGUGUGAUGAAGAGAAAAACUUAAAAAAUAUUAUUAAAUCUGAAAAGUUACAAAAUAAAUUAAAUCUACAGUAUCCAACUAAGACUCACGAUUUUGAAGCUCUUUAUUCUAUAGUUCAUGAGCAUUAUAUAAAAAUCAAAAGUUCUUUAAAAAAUAUAUCACCAAACUGUGCAAUAAAUGAAAAAAAAGAACACUUAAAAAAAAAAUUGGAAUGUUUUAAUGAAAUAAACAAACAUAGGAAUCAAGUUAAAGAAAUAGCAAAAGAUAAAAAAAUAUUUCAACAACUAAAUAAAAUAUCUAAGCCAAUUAUCAUGACAAGAAGUACUGGAGAAACAAUUUCCAUCGAAACUCCAGAAACGGAUCAUGCCAAACAAUUGAUGAAAUUUUACAAAGAUCUAAAGAGAAAUGAUUUGAGUAAAGACGAAAGGACUAAAUUGCUUUUAAACUUGCGAGAAACUUUAGAUCUGUUUAAAGAAAUAGAUUUAACUAAACCAGUUAUAGAUUUGUUAAAUAGAGAGUUGACUAUGAUAAAUAUUAUUCAAGUAAAAGACGAUAAAUUAACAAUUUUAAGGAAACGUAUUGAAAUAUCUAUGCAAUCGAUACUAAAAAAACCAGAAAUAAAUCCAGCGAUCACAUCAAAAAUAUUAAAACCUGUAAACUACAUAAAAUGUUUUAGUUGUAGUAAGUUAAAACCUUUGAACAGAUUUGCGAUAAAAUUAAACUUAACAAAACCAAAAAAAUGUAAAGAUUGCAAUAAUUUGUAUAGACUUACAAUAGCGCCAAUAAAUUUAACACCUCAUGAAAACAUAUUGAAAAAUAUUAAAGCAACUGAGGCACAACUAUGCUCAAAGACUUGUUUAGUGUCUUUAUUAAAUGCAGAAGAUAUAUAUUACCUAAUUACAAACAUAUGGAAAGGAAAAUCAGCUAUUAGUGACUGCAAUGACAUAAUACAACUGAGAUUAGUGAGGUGGAAUAAAGAACUGGAAUGGUCCCCUUCAAACACAAUAUUAUUGAGUAUUGAAGAGGCUAAUUCUCAUUCCAAAAUUUCCAAUCUAUCUAAAAUGUAUUCAUCAGCAUUAAUUGAUAGUAUACAUUUUAAACACAUGGUUGCAAAAAAACAUUACAAAGGCCUAAUAAAAAAAGCAGAUGAACGUGAUCGUAAUAUAAAGAUACGUAACCACAAUAUUAGAAACAAUUAAAUAAAAAUGUGCAUACAUCUUUGUAUAAAAGUAUAAUAAGAUAACAAUUUAUAUAUCAUUAUUUAUUAUGUUUAUCAUUUAUUAUUUGACAAAACUAUAAAAUAUUAAAAAUGCAUUACAUUUUCCUUUACAAACCCCUUUUUAAUUUAGGUAGUUUGACAAAAACUAACAAAUAAUCACUUAUAUUAUUAUUGAAUAAUUUGAAUACGUAAGUCUAGAGGGAAAUACAUUUGAAUAUUGGUCACUGUGUGAUCUUUAGGUAGUUUGCCUAAAUUUGGCUUUAAAAAUAGAACAGUUAAUGUUUUAUAAUUGUCAUAGACGUGCCCGUAAAAAAUUUAAAUUAUAUAUUAUACGCAUAAUGUGCAAAUGGCUAUUUGGGCGUACUGUUCGUAUAUAAAUAUAGGUGCUAUCCAUUAUGCUAUGCUAAUAUAAUAUUAUUAUUAUUAUUCCACUUCACAACGUUAAGUGCACGUUAAAAGAAUAUAAUUAAAUUAAAUAAUUUUUCGAAAAAUGGAAUGAUAUUAUUUAUUACUACAGGAAAAAAACAUACCUAUGCACGACUCGUGAUCUAUUGAACUUGAUUCGCUAGUUGAAAUACCAAACGGUAUUUACCAAGACGGCUUGUGUAGUGUGUGUGAAAUAAUCCGUUGGCAAUCGAAAAGACUAUUAUUAUGACGCGGGUCGAUGAGUAACAUCAAACGCGGCCGAUUGGUCACGGUACACGAGUCGCUGUGUGUACAAGGGCUUCGUGCAAGAAGUCGCCAUAGACCAUCAUCGUAGUAGUCAUCAUCAUUGUCGUCAUCAUAAUCAUCAUCGUCGUCAUCAUAAAACGCAUUUCACCGAACAAUAGUAUGGAACGGUUUCCCACGAAGUCGCGACGCGUCGGGAAGUUAAAAAGACGUUCACGAAGCGCCGUGUUCGUGUCCGCACGCGUCCAUCACGUAUAUUAUAAAUUAAACUGUACACGGCCAGAAGACCGGUACAACCCCAAUAAUAUCGCAUUCCGUUUACGAAAUGGGUUUUCAUUGCCAGCGACGAAGAAAUUAAACGAAACGAUGGCAUAAUUCGCCGGUCAUCGUCGGGGUCGUGUAAACCAGACGGUCUGUAUAUUAUAAAUAAUAGUAGACCGAUUAUAUUAUUGGUAAACACUCAUUAUCUCCUCCGAAGAAGUGUUUAAGUUGUUCAAUAAUAGUUAUUUUUUACACAAUUUUAAUUUAUUAUAUUCUAACCAACAUAAUUGAAAAAGUUACUCUUACUACUUUUUAUCUUUGUUAUUGUUUUUUAUUUUUUG